UGUAAAGACUCCACAAGAAAUAUGGUUGACAAACACAUUCAUCAAAGUAGCAGAAUACACAAUACACAAAAAUUAGUAGCAUUCCUAUAUACUAAUGACAAACUACCAAGUACGAAAUUUGGAAAAUAAUUCCACUUAACCUCCGUGUGUGUGUGUGUGUGUGUGUGUGUGUGUGAGAGAGAGAGAGAGAGAGAGAGAGAGAGAGAGAGAGAGAGAGAGAGAGAGAGAUUUAACCAAGGAAAUGAAAGGCUAGUAUGAUAGGCCAAAGUGGAUGGGAGAUGUCACCCAGCACAGAGAACUACAAACAGCUAAGGAAUGUUGAGUGGGAGAAAUAGAAUUCCCUGGGGGUAAAGCAUACUAACUGGUUAUCCAACAUCAGAUAACCAGUUCUGAAAACAUACAAGUAACGUUAUAUCUGGAAAUGUGUACAUAUGCAUGUACAUGCAUGUAAUAACAAUUAUGAAAGAGAAAGAGUCCACAAAUUUGAAAGAGGGUAAGGAUGUUUGGGAGGGUUUGAAGGGAGGGAAAAGAUGGGAGACACAAUAUAAUUAUAUUCUCAAAAUAUAAAAGAAGUAAUUCAAAAACAAAAAGACAAAAACAAACGGAAACCAGGAGUGGGCCGGGAGUCAGUCCUUUACAAACUCUACUUUCAAAGGGGAUAACCUAAGCUCUGUAGGUGUAAAUUUUUAAGUUAAAUUUUUAUUUUUUUAUAUAUGGGUGAUCUGCCUGCAUGUUUGCACGUGUACCACAUACCUGCAGCCUCAGCGGAGGCUAGAAGAGGGCAUCAGAUCCCCUGGAACUGAAAUUACCGGUGGUUGUUAGAUGCCAUGUGGGUGCUGGGAUCCGAACCUGGGUUCUCUGCAAGAGCGGCAAGAACCGCUAGCCAUCUCUCCAGCUCCUUCAUUAGAACUGAGGUAACCGUAGAAAUGUAGACAACUGCAAAGAAAGAAAGAAAAGAAAAGAAAAGAAGGAAGGAAGGAAGGAAGGAAGGAAGGAAGGAAGGAAGGAAGGAAGGAAGGAAGGAAGGAAGGAAGGAAGGAAGGAAGAGAGGGGAGGGGCAGGGAGGGUGAGAGAAAUUCUGUGUACCCCUUCCCCAGAUUCCUCCAUUUAGCAAAAUGUUAACAAUGUUAGUCACCUGACAGUCAAUAUUCAUUAUGCCAGCAGAGUCUCCCUAAGUGCAUCCCUUUACUACCACAGCCACUCUCGACUAUUUUUUUAACCCUGACGGGAUUUAUUCCAUGACUACAACGUAAGAUCAGGAGCACAGCUGUGCCGCCUACUCCGGGACUUCCGCAAAGCCUUGGACAACACCCUUCCGCCGUGGCCGACCAACCGCAGUCUGGGGAAUCUAGCUACUUCCGCUUGCGGGCGCCAGAACCCGGAAGUGUCAGCCCCGUUUCCACCGGCACCCGGUCCGAAAUGGCGGAUCUCCACCGCCAACUGCAGGACUACCUGAUGCAGGGUAAAGCGAACAGGCCGGCAGCCGCCGAGCCGCUGCUCGCCGCGAGGACGGCCGAAGAGCCUGAGGCCGGGGACGGAGCCGCCGCGGCGUGGCUAGGCCGCACGGCUCUGCGAUGGCCGUGGCCGCGGAGCUCCGCCGAGCCGCCGCCCGCGGGCUCGCAGUGCAUGCCAAAAGUGACGCGCGGGCAGCGCCUGGCGGCGGGCGGCCUGGGCCUGCUGCUGGCCGCGCUCUGCUUCGGCCUGGCGGCGCUGUAUGCGCCGGUGCUGCUGCUGCGCGCGCGAAAGUUCGCGCUGCUCUGGUCGCUGGGCUCGGUGCUGGCGCUGGCGAGCGCGGCGCUGCUGCGGGGCGGCCCGUCCUGCGGGCGCCUGCUGCGGGGCGAGGAGACGCCGUCGCGAACCGCGCUGGCCUACGCCGCCGCCUUGGGCGCCACGCUCUACUCCGCGCUGGUCCUGCGCAGUACGGUGCUGACGGCGCUCGGCGCGUGCGCGCAGGUCGCCGCACUGCUCUACGCGCUGCUGGGGCUCCUGCCCUGGGGCGGCGUGACGGCGCUGCGCCUAGCCCUUGGCCGCCUGAAUCGUGGGGCGAGCCUCACCAACGUUCUCCCGGUGUGACCGUCCGUCUUAGGAAGCGGGACCAGCCAGGCAUCGCCACAAUCCACGGCACCCACUGGACUGUGCUCCGGAGUCCGUGCGCCUGGAGCAGUUGCCACCGACUGACGGGCUGGCGAUCUCAGAAGACCCUUCGGCUUCAGCGUUCUGAGGUUCUGGGUGGGCAGCAUGGGCCCCGAAAGACACAGUUCACUAUCCAUGAACUGCUUUCGAACUGGCUUUAUUUACAUGGACGCCAGUUAAGGGGACGGCUGACUUGGCUGCUUUCGUGGCUUUGGAAGAACUGCCCCUUCCUUCUGUCAUUUAAAAAGAAUGCAGUGGUGGUAUAUGCAGUUGAGCAUAGAGGUUCGGUUUUUGUCGCCAUUUUUUGAAGCCUCCGUAUUCCUAUUCACUGUAAAUCAACCCAGAUUAUCGGAUUAAACACUAAAUUUAGCCACUGGAUUUAAAAUAGUGAUUAGUUGAUACAUUAUACCUCAGUUUUUUUCUUCAGUUAAGAGUAAAUACGGUGCUUUUUAAUAUUUAAGGAAAAUUAAUCGUAAAAGCAAUACACCAAAGAGCAAUUUUCUGAAUCAAGAAGCCAGAUAUCCAGGAUGAUGCGUGGUUAAGUUUGCAAGUUUCCGCAGAACUGGGUUUAAGGGUCCUGAGAGACAAGGAAAAGCUUACAUCUGCAAUUGUUGUGUUUGAUGUAAGUGGGAGGUUUUGCCAGUCGUUGACUAUUGCUAACAUUAUUGCUGCUUUUUCAAGUACUAUACAGUUUGAUACUGAUGCAAUGUAAAGUGCUGUUCAUUCAGAAUUGUUUUUGUUGUGCUGCAAACAGCAUUUAAAUCUAUCAUCAUUUAUUGCCAAAAACUGGAUUCAGUACUGAGUCUUGAUACACUAAAAAGUCAAGUGUAUUUAGAAGUUCAUUUUACCAGUGGUUCUCACAUCAAAAGAAGCCACAUUUCGUCAGUUCAUUAAUAUUACUGGGGAUGGAUCCAGACAUUAAUAUAUAUGCCCAGAUGCUUUCAUGUUUGGCUAAAUUGAGAACCACAUCUGCGCACUGGCUGGUACAAUGUGAAAGUAAUUGUUUUCCAGGCUGCCCCCAUGUUGCCCUAACAGGAAAGGCAUAGCAGGUCAGGUAGUAGCAAAGUGAUUCCAUCAUGGCUCAUAUCCCAUUCACUCUAGUGCUCCCCAGACAGACAAGGAGCACUCUCUUAAGAAAGGAAAUGCUGUUUUCAGUAGUGAUGUACAGUUUUUAUGUUACUAUAUUCAAAGUAUUAAAAUCGUCUCAAAAAUUCAUUACUUGAAAUAAGUUUUAUAAAGCUCAAAGCACAACAUCUUAUAUUUUGACAGGAGUAUUUAAAAUGCUGUAUGUAAAUGUUUAUAAUAUAAGGGGCUCUGUUUAUAAAUGAAUACAUCCUCACAAUGUGACCUGGGUGUUUAUGAAUCCCUGUGUAGCGUCGUGGAACUUGACUGUGAGUUGUUUGAUGGUAUGCCGGGGAACACAGGUGAGGAGGAACACAGCUUCUGAUAGUGUGGGUGCUGACACUUUUAUUUAUUUUUUUUUAAAUAUUUAUUUAUUAUGCAUACAAUAUUCUGUCUGUGUGUAUGCCUGCAGGCCAGAAGAGGGCACCAGACCCCAUUAUAGAUAGUUGUGAGCUACCAUGUGGUUUCUGGGAAUUGAACUCAGGACCUCUGGAAGAGCAGGCAGUGCUCUUAACCUCUGAGCCAUCUCUCCAGCCCCGACACUUUUAUUUUUGAAGUACAAAGAAAAUUGUUUGUUUGAAAUCUUCAGGUUCUGACACCCAAAUAAUCAUUUCUUCACUCCAUACCCAGAGAGAGCCAGGGAAGAUUUCUGUAUACUUGUCCAACUAUGGCAUCUCUUUUCAACUUGCCAAGUAAACUGUCUUUGUGUGCCCAAAAGCUGCUAAUGUAAUGAGAUAUUAGCAGCUCCAGGCCUGACCUUUUUUAAUAAAAACUUUCUUAGAAAAACCAGUGAAGAGACAGCUCAGUGGUUAAGAGUACCAGCUGCUCUACAGGAGAACAUGGGUUCAAUUCCCAGGACCCACUUGGUGCUAACUCCAGUUCCAGGGCUCUGAUACUCUCUUCCAGCCUCCAAAGACUCCAGCCACACAACUGAUGCACAGAUAUAACUGCAGGUUAAAAAAAAAAAAAAAAAAAAAAAAAGUUACGAGAAACAGGCUUUUUAAAAAAUAAGUUAAAAAGAAAAAAAGCCAACAUAGAAAAGGUUAUCUCAAAUUUUGACUUUCAGUCUGAGUUCCCUCCUUUUUCUGGAAGGUAGGUAGGUGUGUGUGUGUGGCUAGAGUUAGAGGUAGUUGUGAGAUGCCUGACGGUAGGUUCUGGGAUCUUAAUUCCAGUCCCUGUAUGUACACUUAAAUGCUGAGCCAUCUCUCCAGGUCCUAACUUAGUUGUUGUUUUGUUUUUCUUUGGGGGAGGGUGGUUUUUCCAGAUACGGUUUCUAUGUGGCCCUGAAU